AUGUUUCAACCCAAAAAAAUAUUUUAUACUAUUUUAUUAAUAUUAAUUUACGCAAUACAACACACAAACAGUUUUAUCGCAUAUGAUUGCUCGGGCACAAAACUUAACAUAACAUCAUUUAACACACUGAACGUUGAUUACUGUUCACCGCCUUUACCAAAUAAAAUAGAAAGAAUUCACAUGAUCAAACUACUACAAAAAACAGAAUCAAAACAAAUACAAUUUCAAGCAUGCUAUAUCGUAGCAGAUUAUAUCAUAACAAAAUGUGCGGGAUUUGACGACGCCCAAAUAGUAGGUCACGGAUACUUCACAGAACUUAUACAAACUGGUGCCGUUAUGUGCGCAGAUGCCCACGUUAAACGAUCAUACACAUUUUACCCGGGAAUCACAGCACACAACUUGAAAAUAAACCAAACAAUGUACUUCUCUGAACUAAUUAAGGGUACAGCCAACCACGAAGGAGAUUGCUACGGUGAAACAUUUAGAACCGAUAAAUACGAGUGGAACAACGUACUAGUACAAGCAAAAUACAAAAUACAGCUGUCUGAAGGCACCGCCACCGCCAACAGUAUAGACAACGUAUUAAUAUUACCCACUGGCACACGCUUAAAAUUAUCGGACACUUAUGGUAUCGACUCACAUAAAGGGGAGAUCGUAUGGCAGAAUAACCAUAAAACAGACUGCACUACAGAUAAAUAUGACACAUUAUACGAGGGCCCAGCUACACUCAUUACAUCUAAACAGUCAAUGAACUCCACCUCCGAAAUACAAACAUUCCUGGUUGAAUCUGACAACAUCGCUUUUGCUCUUCGUAAAAUAAACAUUGACUACGCAUGUAAUAUACAGGUUUUUCAAACAGAACACCCGAGACUUAUAAUACUAACCGACCCAGCAUAUAUGCACUACUUCCAUACGAAACCUAUAUCUACCUUCAACACAGACCUUAUGGCAUAUAUCAACACAAAAUUCGUAUACAUACAAAACAUAAUUCAGGCAUCCUCAACGUCAAUGUAUCUUGAUCUAGUCACCAAACAAUGCAAUUUAGAAAGAAAAAUACUUAUGCAAAAACUUUCAUUAGCAUCCUACAGCCUAUCUGAAUUUGCAUACGCAAUGGGUGAAGGACCCGGAUUUACUGCAUUAAAAUCUGGAGAAAUAGUAUACUUAUUAAAAUGUAAACCUGUCGAUGUUGAACUAGACAGGAGCCACAAAGUAUGCUUCCAAGAACUUCCGGUUAUUUAUAACAAACAAAAAUUAUUUAUGGCACCAAAAACACACACAUUACAGAAAUACGGAACCGAAAUCGACUGCACUAUAAUACUGCCAACAGGAUACCUCAUGGAAGGCGAAUGGAUAAGCAUGUCGCCUGAAUACAACGAAUUAGGACUUGGUAAAAUACCACAAAUUUUAAAACCACAAACAGCCUGGACUUGGUCAUUCAGAAGCCCAGAAAACUUAAUGAAUGCAGGCUUAUAUUCUAGUGACAUGAUUAAUGCAUUACAAAAACACUUGUUAUUCCCCCAAGAAGUAGACGCAGCUCAAAGUAACUUAGCCAGGCAAACUAUGGGCUACAAUACAUUUGAUCAAGGUUUAAAAUUAAAACCUUUCAUUGACGAACAAAUCAUAAGCAGAUUAGUUGAAGAAAAACUAUACAAAAUGUGGGGAUGGUUCGUAGGAUUCGGAAACUUUAUAUCCGGUUUACUAGGCUUGUUUGUUGCAUGGAAAAUCAUAAUGAUAUGUCUAAACACAACAAUCAAUAUGUCCAUACUUUACCAAACAUUUGGAUGCAGCUUCAAAGUUUUAGCUGGAAUAUUCGCUAGCAUGACGCAAUACUUCAUGCACAAAUCGCAUACACGUGACAUCAAUCAAAAUUCAAAUAAUCAAGACGAGCAAUCCACAAAUGACAACAAUAAUCACACACUAAAUACUGUUCAAGAACAACACAUUUCACCACCCCAACAAAUUUACCCAUCAUUCCGCUUUGAAACUAAUACGAGCCACUACCAAGUACCUAGGAGAUCAAUGUAA